AUGGGUUCAGCGCGCGGAGGAAAACGACAUCGCGCGCUGAUUAUUUCGUGCGCCCGCUGGACAUUCGCGCGCGAGCAACCAACCACCGCCAACCUCUCCGCCGCCCCGCGUUCGCCCUGCCCUGCCCCGCCGCCGGUGAAAUUCGAUGGAUGGAAGGCCGCACCGACAUCCCCUCAACCCCUCCCUACACCCACAACCCCUAGUGCGGGGUUGAGCUUCGGCUUCGCCGCCGGCGCCCCUCCUCCAAGCACCGGUCUUGCAUGCGGCCUUUUCAUGACGCCACGGAUGACCUCGCAGGGUGGCGUCGCGCCGCCGUCCGCUGUGAAGCCACGGGCCCUCGUCUCCAAGCGACCGAAUCUGGCGGCGGCGGCGGCGGCCCGGAAGAAGAACAAAGUGGCGGACGACUCUUCUAGGCGAUCAAAGAAGAAACUUGCAGGUCGUCCGGCUGCGCCUCCGCCGACCGAAGCGCCGGAGAGCUCGCAAUUUGUUGUGCCAGCGACCGAUGCCGCGCCUAUGCCGACCGAAGCGCCGGAGAGCUCGCAAUUUGUUGUGCCGGCGACCGAUGCCGCGCCUCCGCCGACCGAAGCGCAGGAGAGCUCACAAUUUGUUGUGCCGGCGACCGAUGCCGCGCCUCCGCCGACCGAAGCGCCGGAGAGCUUGCAAUUUGUUGCGCCGGCGGCCAAUGCGCACAAGGUGUGUGAUGAAAUGCUCACAAGUUUCAGUUAUGACACAUAUAUGUCAACUAUGGGCGUUGGCUCCAACAAUGAUGCCGUUGGAGAUCUUGCGAAUACCAUCCAAACUCCCGAUGACAACGGCGCGCUUGAAAAUGGAGAAGAAGAGGAAGAAUCGUCUUCGGAAGAGUCGAAAGAAGAGGAGGAAGAAGAUGAUGUGGCAUGA